UUUGGAUCUUUCCAGAGCUCUGAACACUUGAACACCCACUAUGGAUGACUUUGAACGCCGCAGAGAGCUCAGGAGGCAAAAGCGUGAGGAAAUGCGCCUUGAAGCAGAGAGGCUGUCCUACCAGAGGAAUGAUGAUGAUGAGGAAGAAGCCGCCAGAGAACGUCGCCGACGGGCUCGACAGGAAAGGCUGCGGCAAAAGGAAGAAGAUCUAUCAGGAGAAGUAACAGAGAAAUCAGAAGUUAAUGCCCAAAACAGUGUGGCAGAGGAGGAAACCAAGCGUACUACAACCACAGGGGGAACAGAUGAUGAAGCUGCAUUGUUGGAGAGACUGGCAAGACGGGAGGAGAGACGCCAAAAACGUCUACAGGAAGCCCUGGAACGUCAAAAGGAAUUUGACCCCACAAUCACAGAUGGGAACUUGUCACUGCCCAGCAGGAGAGAAGUAAACAAUGUGGAAGAAAAUGAGACCACAGGAAAAGAGGAAAAGGCUGAAACACGCCGAGGACGCUAUGAGAUUGAGGAAACAGAAACGGUUACCAAAUCAUACCAAAGGAACAACUGGAGGCAAGAUGAGGAAGACAGUGGAAAAAAAGAAGAAAAAGACAAAGAGGAGGUACAGGAGGAGAAACCAAAGGAGGUCCCCAUAGAGGAAAAUCAGGUAGAUGUGACUGCAGAAAAACCCACAGAUAAAGAAGAGGUAGUAGAAACAAAAAAAAUAGCUAUAAAUGCAGAGGAACACAAAGCAGAGAAUGAUACAAAUGCUGUGCCAGAAGGGGAGCAGAGUAUAACUGAUGCUGUAGAUAAAGAGAAGCUCAGGGAUGAGGAAAAGGCUGAGGAAGAGAGGAAGAAAGCAGAAGAAAGAGAGAAACUUGAGGCAGAAGAAAGGGAGAGGUUAAAAGCAGAGGAAGAAAAGAAGGCAGCUGAGGAAAAACAGAAAGCAGAGGAGGAAAAGAGGGCAGCUGAGGAAAGAGAGAGGGCUAAGGCAGAAGAGGAAAAGAGAGCAGCUGAGGAAAGGGCUAGGGCUAAGGCAGAAGAGGAGAAAAGGGCAGCUGAGGAAAGGGCUAGGGCUAAGGCAGAAGAGGAGAAAAGGGCAGCUGAGGAAAGGGCUAGGGCUAAGGCAGAAGAGGAAAAGAGGGCAGCUGAAGAGAAGGCUAAGCUAGAAGCAGAGAAAUUAAAAGAAAAACAAAAGAUGGAAGAAAAGAAAAUAGAAGAUAAACAGGUAAAAGAGAAGAAGGUACAAGAGGAAAAACCUCAAGCAGCUUUCCUAAGAAAACAGGGGGAAGAAAAAGAGGCUAAAGUGGAAGCUAAAAAGGAAAAGGAGAAGCUCCAACCUACCUUCAAAAAAGAUCAGGUAAAAGAUGACAAGGAUAAAGGAAAAGCACCCAAAGACGAAAUGAAAAGUAUCUGGGAUCGUAAGAAGGGAGUUCCUGAGCAAAAGGCACAGAACGGAGAACGUGAACUCACUGCCCCAAAACUUAAAUCUACUGAGAAUGCUUUUGGCCGCUCCAAUUUGAAAGGGACCACAAAUGCUGAGGAUUUUGAGAAGCUGAAGGAGAAGCAGCAGGAGGCAGCAGCAGAGCUGGAUGAACUGAAGAAAAGGCGGGAGGAGCGCCGGAAAAUCCUGGAGGAAGAGGAACAGAAGAAGAAACAGGAGGAGGCUGAGAGAAAAGCCAAAGAGGAGGAGGAAAAGAGGAGGAUGAAGGAAGAAAUUGAAAGGAGAAGGGCUGAAGCUGCUGAGAAACGUCAGAAGAUGCCAGAAGAUGGUGUAUCUGAAGACAAGAAGCCAUUUAAAUGUUUCAGUCCCAAAGGUUCAUCUCUCAAGAUUGAGGAACGAGCAGAAUUUUUGAACAAAUCAGCUCAGAAGAGUGGUAUGAAACCUGCCCAUACGACAGCAGUUGUCUCAAAGAUUGACAGUAGACUUGAGCAAUACACCAGUGCAAUUGUGGGCACAAAGUCUGCAAGACCAGCUAAGCCAGCAGCCUCUGACCUUCCUGUUCCAGCCGAGGGUGUCCGUAAUAUCAAGAGCAUGUGGGAGAAAGGGAACGUUUUUUCAUCACCCUCUGGGACAGGAACACCAAAUAAGGAAACUGCUGGACUGAAGGUUGGUGUCUCCAGUCGUAUAAACGAGUGGUUAACCAAGACCCCAGAGGGCAACAAAUCACCUGCUCCAAAACCUUCCGACUUAAAACCAGGAGAUGUAUCUGGCAAACGUAAUCUCUGGGAGAAGCAGUCAGUUGAAAAGCCAGCUUCUUCUUCUAAGGUAUCAGCUAUGGGGAAAAAAUCAGAGACUAAUGGUUUGAGACAAUUUGAGAAAGAACCGUAG